CCAACACCAGGUGCCACUGCGUUUGGGAUCAACUUCAAUGAAGAACGAGAGAAAUGCUUGGCUAACAAAGUUCUUUUCGAGGACCCUGAGUUCCCUGCCGCAGAACGUAGCAUCUAUUAUAAAACCCCUCCCGAUCGACAUGUGGAGUGGAAAAGGCCGGGGGAGAUCGUAGAGGAUCCCCAACUAAUCGUAGGGGAGAAAUCGCGCUUUGACGUGAAGCAGGUGAGUUUCCCUUUCAAUCCAAUCUUUAAGUAUCAAGAAAAUACUUUGCCAUCAAGGGUGCGCUUGGCGACUGCUGGCUUCUGGCUGCAGUGGCAAACCUUACGCUUAGAGAUGAGCUACAACACGAUCAAGCUCUAUGGAUCGUAUGAAAAUCUAGAAGGAGGAACUACAGCGGAAGCUCUUGAAGACUUUACUGGUGGUCUUACUGAGUUCUACAACUUGCGGAAAACAGAUAAAUCCACAGUUUUGGCUAUGAUGAUUAGAGGAUUUCAAAUGGGUUCACUCUUUGGAUGCAGCAUUGACGUAAUUAACCACUAUUUACUUAAGGCCGAUCCACAUCAAAAGGAAGCUCCUCUGGAAAAUGGCCUCGUUCGUGGACAUGCUUACAGUAUCACGGCUCUACAUACUGUGGAAGGUCCCAAUGGACAAACUCCAAUAAUCAGGAUUAGAAAUCCAUGGGGAAACAGUAAGCUUGGAAUCAGCAACUUAACAUCACGGAACCGUAGUUUUCAAAUUAAGGAAUGGAAUGGCGCAUGGAGUGACGGGUCAUCGGAGUGGAAUUACGUGGACAGUCAAAAGAGAUCAGAACUUGGCGUGAAUUUUGCUAACGACGGGGAAUUUUGGAUGCCUUUCGAUGAUUUCUAUACUAACUUUAUGGAAAUGGAAGUUUGCAACAUGUCAGCUGCUAUAAUGAAUGAGAUCUCGGAAAUGACCGGAGUAGAAGUGUCCGAGCAUCAAGCGCAUCAAUGGGAAGAAAAAGCUGAAGAUGGAGAGUGGAGUGAAGCGAAGGGAACUGCUGGCGGUUGCGCCAACAAUCCCGAUUCCUACGCCCGAAAUCCUCAGUUUGGCACAUAUUUCAUCGUGACAGAGGAUUCUGUGGAACAAGAUGGUAAAUGUACAGUUAUUGUGGCUGUGCUGCAAAAAUACCGUAGAGAGAUGAGAACUAUCGGAAAGGAUAGUCUACCCAUCGGAUUUGCAGUUUAUCAGGUUACGUGCCGUUUUCGAGUGCCUGCUGGAAAAUACAUAAUCGUUCCCUGCACUUUCGACCCUGGUUGUGAUGGAGAGUUUCUGCUACGAAUAUAUGUGAAUGGAAAGCUGCAAGCUAGAUCAACGUCACUCACACUUGGAAAGGCUAGCGAGACAGUUUUACGAUCGCUAUAAAA